AUGGCAUUGAAAGUAGUCUUCGAGAGUGGAAGUGAUGUCCACCUGAAGGUCAGGCGGGAGAGCAAUGCCGACAAACAAUGGCUGACAUCCCUGCAGGAGAUGCCGAGAAGGGGAAGAAGGUGUUCGUCCAGCGGUGCGCUCAGUGCCAUACCGUCGAGAAGGGAGGUUCCCAUAAGACCGGACCCAACCUCCACGGCCUCAUUGAACCCAAAGAAGUACAUUCCGGGCACUAAAAUGGUUUUCGCCGGACUUAAGAAGAAGAACGAGAGGGCGGAUCUGAUCGCAUAUUUAGAGCAGUCCACCAAAUAG